AUGGUUGAAUCAUGUCAUCAUAGUCAUUUAAAUCAUAUACAAAUUAAAGAAAGUUUUCUUGUUGGUAAUGCUUUGUUGAAUUUCACUUCAAUUUUCAUUUCACUUGGUGUAUUUUUAUUUGGUUUUGAACAAGGUUUAAUGUCGUCAUUAAUAACUAAUAAGUAUUUUAAAGAUUAUUAUCAUAAUCCUAACCCUGCUACAAUUGGUUUUAUGAUUUCAAUUUUAGAAAUUGGCGCAUUAAUUUCAAGUUUUAUAGCUGGUAGGAUAGGUGAUUUAGUAGGUAGGAAAAAAACAAUUAGAUAUGGUUCAUUUAUAUUUGUAAUUGGUGCUUUAAUACAAGCUACUUCUCCAAAUAUUGAAAUUUUAUCAACUGGUCGUUUUAUAGGUGGUAUCGCAAUUGGAUUUUUAACUACCAUAGUCCCCGUUUUCCAAUCAGAAAUUAGUCCAAGUGAAUCUAGAGGAUUCUUUGCAUGUGCUGAAUUUACUGGUAAUAUAGUAGGUUAUGCUGCUUCAAUUUGGACAGAUUAUGGAUUUUCAUUCAUUGAAUCUAAUUUAUCUUGGAAAUGUCCAUUAUAUGUACAAUUAGCAAUGGGAAUUUUACUUUUAUUAGGUACUUAUAUCAUUGUUGAAACACCUAGAUGGUUGUUAAAUCAUGAUCACGAUCUUGAAGGUAUGAUUGUAAUUGCAGACAUGUAUGCAGAUGGAGACGUUGAAGAUGAACAUGCACAAAAUGAAUAUAGAAAUAUCAAAGAAUCUGUUUUAAUUGAUAGAGUUGAAGGUGGUGAACGUUCAUACCAAUAUUUAUUCAAAAGGUAUGCUAAGAGAUUAUCAGUUGCUUGUUUUGGUCUUUUAUUUUCUCAAAUGAAUGGUAUAAAUUUAAUUUCAUAUUAUGCUCCAAUGAUUUUUGAAAGUGCUGGUUGGAUAGGAAGACAAGCAAUUUUCAUGACUGGUAUAAAUUCAAUAAUUUAUGUUAUAUCUACUAUUCCACCUUGGUAUCUUGUUGAUUCAUGGGGUAGAAAACCAUUAUUACAAUUAGGUGCACUAGUUAUGGGUAUUCCAUUGUAUAUUGCAGGUUAUUCAUUAUAUUUAAAUGAUACUUGGACUGCAGCUGUAGUUGUAACAAGUAUCAUAGUUGCCAAUUUUGGAUUUGGUUUUUCAUGGGGUGGAAUUGGUUGGUUACUUCCAUCUGAAAUUUUACCAUUAAGUGUUAGAUCAAAAGGUGCUGCUUUGGCAACUGCUACAAAUUGGCUAUCUAAUUUCAUUGUUGGUUUAGUAUCGCCUAUUUUAUUAGAUCAAAUUAAAUGGAAAACAUAUUUAAUACCAGCUACAUCUUGUAUGAUUUCAUUUUUUGCUGUUUGGUAUUUAUUCCCAGAAACUAAAGGAUUAUCAUUAGAAGAAAUGGGUUCUGUAUUUGAUGAUAAAUCAAGUAUAUUCUCAUAUCAUGGUACUGGUUCAACUAAUUUAUCAUCAAAUUCAAUUUCAAAUUAUGGUGCAACUUCAGAAAGAAGAUUAUCUAAUGUUACUGAAAUAGAUAACACUAAUCAAUUAUCAGCUGCUUCAAUGGCGAGGAACCCAGCAACCAUGAGACCUGAAUUGGAUCAUUUAUUAACAACAGGUGUGAAACCACUAUCAAAUCCAUCUAUAAAACCUGUUAAAUCAGAUACUGCUUCAAUAUCAUCGUUUGAUACAAAUGUACCAUUACCUAGUGAUGUAGUUGAAGAAAUUGAACCACCAAGUUUGGAAAGAAUUUUGAAAUAUAAAGUUAAAAAACAAAAUGGACCAAAUUGGUUGCAAAAAUUGCUUAGUAAAAGAGCCACAACAAAUGAUGAAGAAACUAAUAGAUUGAUAGAAUAA